AUGACCGAGCGCAAGUAUCAGGGCAAGAGCAUCCCGGUUCGCGUCUACACCACGCGGGGUCUCAAGGAGCAGGCUCGGUUUGCGCUGGAGUGUGCUCAUCGGACGGUCGACUACUUUUCGGAGGUCUUCGAGAUCGAGUACCCACUACCCAAGGCGGAUCUCCUGGCGGUCCACGAAUUUGCAAUGGGUGCCAUGGAGAACUGGGGGCUUGUGACCUAUCGGACCACUGCCGUCCUCUUCGACGAAGGAAAGUCGGAUAACCGAUAUAAGAACCGCAUUGCUUAUGUUGUUGCACACGAACUGGCCCACCAGUGGUUUGGCAACCUUGUGACGAUGGAUUGGUGGAAUGAGCUCUGGCUCAACGAGGGUUUCGCAACCUGGGUCGGCUGGCUGGCGGUCGAUCAUUUCUAUCCUGGUGAGUCGACCUCUCCGGUGUCGAGAAUAGUAGUUGUGGCAAAUCCUGACAUACAUGCGCAGAAUGGAACGUUUGCAUUCCAUCUCGACUCACUGCGCGCUUCGCACCCUAUUGAGGUCCCGGUCCGAAAUGCUCUUGAAGUGGAUCAAAUCUUCGACCACAUCAGCUACCUCAAGGGAAGCUCUGUGAUCCGCAUGUUGAGUGUUCAUCUCGGCCGCGAGACUUUCCUCCGCGGCGUGGCAAACUAUCUCAAGGCCCACGCCUAUGCUGAGGAGGAUCAGACUACUUGGUGGAUCCCUCUCGGCCUCAAGUCUGGUCCCCAGCUGGCCAGUAUUGACACACGCGCUCUCACAGACAAGUCUGGUACCAUUGGAGGCGUUGGCGAGGAUGCGUUCUACAAGGUCAACAAGGACCUGGCUGGGUUCUACCGGACCAACUACCCCCCGGCACGUCUGGCGAAGCUCGGCCAGUCUCUUGAUCUUCUGAGCACCGAAGACAAGAUUGGCUUGCUGGGCGAUGCUGCCGCUCUUGCGGUUUCUGGAGAAGUCUCUAAAUCUUUGAUCUGCAGUGUUUGGUCUCAGGUCUCAUCAUCGCUGGCCAACCUCCGCUCUGUCUUCUCACAGAACGAACAGGCCGCCGAGGGCCUGAAAAAAUUUACGUUGAAUCUGGUCUCCCCGGCGGCGGAGAAGAUUGGCUGGGAAUUUGCACCCAACGAAGACUACCUCACUGUGCAACUGCGGAAGCUUCUGAUUGGGAUGGCUGGUAAUGCUGGUCAUGAAGGGUGA